AUGGUGUUGCCGCAGCCAGACAAACGCCACGUGUGCCUGACCACCAUGGUGAUCAUGACCAGCAUGGCCUUCAUGGACGCCUAUCUGGUAGAGCAGAACCAGGGGCCCAGGAAGAUCGGAGUGUGCAUCAUCGUGCUGGUGGGAGACAUCUGUUUCCUCAUCGUGCUGCGCUACGUGGCAGUGUGGGUCGGGGCUGAGGUGAAGACCACCAAACGCGGCUACGCCAUGAUACUCUGGUUCCUCUACAUCUUCGUCCUGGAGAUCAAGCUCUACUUCGUCUUCCAGAACUACAAGGCGGACAGGAAAAGCCUGGAGACGGUGGCUCGGAAGGCUCUAACCUUACUCCUCUCCGUGUGCGUCCCGGGGUUAUACUUGGUCCUGGUGGCUCUGGACAGCAUGGAAUACGUGAGGACCUUCAGGAAAAAGGAGGACAUGCGGGGGAAGCUGUUCUGGGUGGCCCUGGACCUGCUGGAUGUUCUGGACAUCCAGGCCAACCUGUGGGAGCCCCAACGGACCGGCCUGCCCAUCUGGGCCGAGGGACUGAUGUUCUUCUACUGCUACAUCCUGCUCCUAACCCUGCCCUGCGUCUCCCUCUCUGAGAUCAGUGUCCAGGGGGAGCACGUUUCGCCCCAGAAGAUGAUGCUGUACCCUGUUCUUAGUCUAGUUACUAUAAACAUAGUCACGAUCUUGAUCCGCGGGGUUAACAUGGUGCUGUUCCAGGAUAGUAGGGUGUCUACCAUCUUUAUAGGGAAGAAUGUGGUGGCUAUAGCCACAAAAGCCUGUACGUUCUUGGAGUAUAAGAGGCAGGUAAAGGAGUUCCCUCCACAGGACCCUAGCAUGGCAGGUAUAGCCCUGGAGCUGCAUCAAGGGAACUCUGUGGGUCAUAGCCACGGGCACAACCAGACCCUGCCCAAUGCCACCACUAGCCUCUCUGACGAACCAUCACCGACCGAGGUCAUAGACACAUGACCCUCGCCCAUGGAUAGUUAGAUCCUUUUCACACUAUAAUGUCGACCGGAUCCAUGUUGUGACGGCUCUGAUAUUUACCUUUUACAUUGUGCUUACCAGCACGGGUUCAGCAACUACCAUCGCAGUACAGCUUGGCUUAGCUUGGCUCAGUAGUGUGAAAAGGGCGGUAAGUGUCUGACCCUGAGCUCAGCUAGACUGGACUAGACUUCUCAGAGCUCAGCUAGACUGGACUAGACUUCUCAGAGCUCAGCUAGACUGGACUAGACUUCUCAGAGCUCAGCUAGACUGGACUAGACUUCUCAGAGCUCAGCUAGACUGGACUAGACUUCUCAGAGCUCAGUAUGACCUCAACCAAGACUGUUCCGGUCCUAUGGAGUGGCAGAAAGAAACGACACGUUUCACUGAGACCACUCCAGCUCAGGAAAACGGCCCAGCGCCUUGCCAGCCAGCCUCCCAGAUGAACUGAUGAGAUCAUUCUGAUGAAGACUGAUGUGUUUUUCUAUUCUAUGAUGUGUGUUUCUAUACUUCUCUAUGGUGGACUAACAGACAGACGGACACAUAGAGUUGACCUCAGAGACAAAAACCCAACCCAGCUCAGCAGAUAUGAGCUCAUAGUCUACCUGUUAACCAUACCUGGGUUCAAAUACUAUUUGAAACCAUGUCAACUACUUUAUCUGGACUUGAUUGAGCUUGCCUGACACAAUGGAACGAAUGGAAUAGUAGCAAGAGUGAAAACCACACCCGCCUGGCCCUCCAGGCAGACGAGAGCAAAACCUAAAAGUGUAUUUUUAAAUUCAAGUAGUAUUUGAAACCAGGUCUGCUGUAAACGCUGUCUUUUUGGACUCUUUGGAGUUUUUGUAUUUCCAAGGCAAUGUUUUUACGUGAUGGUGUACCGCUGUAAUUUUCGUUGUCAUUUUACAGAUAUCUAUCUAUAUAUAUAUAGCCACUGUCAGUGAAGUGGCAUUCAUUUGAGGAUUCCUAUCCUCUGCGAGGGAAUUGCAGAGCAAGAAUGGAUAGAGGGGAAACAAAGA